AUGCAUAUGCUCGCCCCCUUUUCCAUCACUGAUGAUCCAGAUGCAGAUGUUGAAUCCCUUUACUCUGUCGAUGAUGAUUUCUCCCCGGACUUACUGUUUGUCCUUGAAAAUUGGGAAGACGAAGACUUGGAUACUUCCUCACCCGAAUCCGAGUCCGAUGGAUUUGACCCCAUCUACCCGAUGGCCUCUCCUUUGUCCUCUCCUAACCCUCCUAAGUCACCAACUUUUGCAAUCACCAAGACCCCACUUCCUCAAGCUAGUCUCUCCAUCUCUCCUACCAUAUGGGACCGCCCUAUCAAAGUCAUUGGCUACUUUGACACAGAUAUUAAAGAACAAUUGCUCCUCCGUUGCAGUGCUGAAAAUCAUGCAGACUUUCUCACCAAAUGUGAUCAUCCCCUCUGGCAGAACCCAAAGUUCUUCAUCCGUCUCCCUUUCCAAAAGAAUGAAGAUGCAAAUCCUACCAAAGCCAGCCACUCUGGUAUGAAGCCUGAACAUCUCACCAGUGCACAACAAGAAGUUGCCCUCCUAGAAGCUCAAGGCCUCAUAGAGAAGACAUCUUCCCCUUGGGCUUGUGAAGCCUUCUAUGUGAAUAAGAGAGCUGAACAGAAGCGUGACAAACUGAGACUUAUAAUCAACUAUCAGCCCCUCAAUGCAUUUCUGGCUGACGACAAAUUCCCAUUACCUACAAGGCCUGCCCUUCUACUUCAACUUUCGAAGGCGAAGAUAUUCAGCAAGUUUGAUCUCAAAGCAGGAUUUUGGCAGCUAGGAAUUCAUCCAGAUAACAGGUCCAAAACCGGAUUCUGCAUUCCCGGUGGACAGUUCUCCCCUUUGGUCUCAAGGUGGCUCCUUCUCUGUUUCAACAAGCUAUGCUACCGGUCUAUGCUCCUAUACAAGAACAAGCUUUGA